AUGGAAAUUGUGGUGCCAAUUCAUCAAAACAUGGAUUUUGAUUUCAAUAGUGCUCGUUCUUCUCCAAUGCAUCAUUCCAGCAGUCCUUGUACCCCAAAGGCUUUUGGAGGAGAUUUCUACAGCAGUGCUCCCGCCAGCCCAUCUCGGCUCUCCCAGUUUUACCGGGAGUUUGAUGAAUUCCUGAGGAUCAACGAGAAUAUCAGCAAUGGAGAAGGCUCUUAUUCAGAAGCGGCUGUGCCUUUUGACUGGGAAGAAAAGCCUGGUACCCCAAAACCACCCAAGGCCGCCGCCACAAAACAUGAUGAUGAUUUUGCUUUUCAUGUUGGUCUUGAUGAUUUGGAAACAGCAUCUCUGUCAGCUGAAGAACUGUUUGAUGGCGGAGUAAUUAAGCCUUUCAAGCCUCCGCCUGGACUGCAACUUCCUUCUGCAGCAAGAAUCAGUGGCUCAAGCUCAAUUAAUCUAUCCCCAACAUCGCCAGUAUCGGCAUCACAGCGCAAGAAGAUUAUGUUGGGGUUCUCGCCAAGGUACAAGAGAGAAUCCUCCACCCCUUUUAGUCAUUCGGCCAAAACAACGGGUCAAAGAUCGCCGAGGGCCGAUAGAGGAAGGGAAAGAGCUCCUGCAGGGAUGAAAUCAUCGAGCCGAAGAGGAACAAGAUCGCUCUCUCCUUUAAGGGUUUCUCGGUAUCCUUGGGAACAAGAAGAGCAGAGCAGCCAGCAGCAGAAUAGAAGCGAGUCAUCAAUCAUUACCAAAACUGCAUCUAACUUUGCCUCUUCAGCUUUGGCUUCAUUUUCAAAAGGGUACAAGAAAUGGAAUUUCAAAGACUUUUUCUUAUUCCGAAGCGCAUCAGAAGGCAGAGCAGCCGACAAAGAUCCUCUGAAAAAAUAUACAGCUGCAGUCAGGAGACGUGAAGAUGUGAGGACUUCGAGCAUGAGGAGUAUUGAUAGCCCUUCUGGGUUGGUUCCAUCAAGGAGGAGGAGUCCUGUUUCUGCUCACGAAUUGCAUUAUACUGUUAACAAAGCAGUUUCUGAAGAUCUGAAGAAGAAGACCUUCUUGCCUUACAAGCAGGGGAUUUUGGGAAGACUUGCAUUCAAUCCUGCAGUUCAUGCACUUGCUAAUGGAUUUGGAUUAUCUCACAAGUGA